GCCACUCCAGCGUAUUUUCUGUUGUUGGUUUUCUUCUGUGUUUUGGGUAGUUGCCCUGUUGCAUUACCCAACUUCCGUUGAUCUUCAAUUGGUGAAGAGAGAGCCUAACAUUCUCCUGCAAAAUGUCUUGAUAAACUUAGGAAUUCAUUUUUCCGUCGAUGAUAGCAAGCUGGCCAGGACCUGAGGCAGCAAAGCAACCCCAAACCAUGAUGCUCCCUCCGCAAUACUUUACAGUUGAGGUCUCGUGUGCUGUGCCUUUUUUUCUCCACAUAUAGUAGGAUACAUCUUUGGCUUUAAUUCUGCUGCAGCCACGCCAGCGCACGUGGGGAUGAAUUUAGCGCGCUUGACAUGCCUCGCGCCCGCUGCCAGAUCACAGUGAGAGACGCGCUUAAAAUCAACUACACACACUGCAACAAAAAGCCGAGUAAACGUUGAAGUCAGUUGAGAUAGACCACCCGUAAGUUGCUAACUAACGGACAUGUCAUAACUGAGGCGCACAUUAUAUAUGUAUGUAAACGGAAAGGGCUAGGCCUACUACAUAAGUGAAAUUCAAAGUAGUUUACGUUAGCAAAUUAGCCAAAUUAUGAUAUAAUGAUUGACGUGACAAAGUUCAGGCCAAAGUUGUCUGCGUGUCUUUGUGUAGCCUAGAGAGUAUAUGGCGGUGCCUGGUGAUGUCAGAGGAAGAGGCCUGUCUGGGCUCCCCAAUAUGAAUGGAGAAGAGGAGGAGGAGGAAGAAUCACAUGAGGUGUUGCUGAGUGUGUUUGCCCAGCAUGGGCAGUUGGGGUUGUGUUUCUAUGAUAGCAGAGACUUCACUCUGCACUACAUGCCUGACACCUCAGACAACCACGAGCUCCAACUGUUGGCCAGAGUGGUCCAGGAGGUGAGCCCUCAUGUGAUCAUUACCAGUGCUAAGCAGGAACGCUGCAUGGUUCAGUUCAUGCAGGGACUGGGAGCCAACCCAGACUACAGGCCUGAGGUGGUGACCUAUCCCUAUGUGGACUUUGGUCUGGAGGUCAGUAAGCAGAGGCUGUUGUCUGCCCAUUUUCCCUUCCUUCCUCCCGCCGUCUCCGAGAGAGAGAGAAUCUCCUACCUCUCCUCCUGCAUCUCCUUCUCCUCCCCCCUCAUGCUGCGGUCAGUAGGUGCGUUGCUGAAGUGUCUGGACAAGAGGAGAGUGGGAGUGGAGCUAGAGGACAGCAGUGUGGGAGUCCCCAUCUUACAGUUCCACACCUACACACUGAAAGACGUAGUGUACGUGGACCAGGAUACUUACAGCGUGCUGCAGAUCUUCAAGUCGGAGCUGCACCCCUCUGUGUACAAGCUGCAGUCUGGGGAGAAGGAAGGGCUCAGUCUCUAUGGGAUACUGAAUCACUGCAGGUGCAAGUUUGGCUCCAAACUGCUUCGCCAGUGGUUUCUGAGGCCUACUCGUGACCUGGCGGUGUUAAACAGGAGACAGGAAGUUGUGAGAUUCUUCUCCUGUCCACGCAACUCUGACUCCCUAAACACUUUGCAGUCCUCCCUACGCAACAUCAGGAACAUCCCGACUCUCCUGCGUUCGAUGUCUCUGUCUCACACCAAAGUCUCUGACUGGCAGGGUCUCUACAAGACAGUGUAUAGUGCGGUGUGUAUCAGGGACACAGUGCGCUCCCUGCCUCAGUCCAUCCAACUCUUCCAGGAGAUCAGUGAGGGAUUCUCAGAUGACCUUUACUACAUCGCCUCGCUCAUCAGCAGAGUGGUGGACUUUGAGGGCAGUUUAGCAGAAAACCGUUUCACUGUCAAACCCAAUGUGGACCCUGCUAUAGAUGAGAAGAAGAGGAGGAUGAUGGGACUGUCUGACUUCCUGACGGACGUGGCUCGCAGAGAGCUGGAGCACCUGGACACCCGCAUCCCCUCCUGCUGCGUCAUCUACAUCCCCCUGAUAGGGUUCCUGCUCUCGGUCCCUCGGUUGACCAGCAUGGUGGAGAAAGAGGACUUUGAAAUAGAGGGCCUUGACUUCAUGUUUCUGUCUGAAGAGCGUCUGCACUACCGCAGUCAGAGAACCAAGGAGCUAGAUGACCUGCUGGGAGACUUACACUGUGACACCAAAGACAUGGAGACAGCGGUUAUGACACAGCUGCAGACCACAGUGCUGGGGAGAAGCGCCUGUCUGUACAAGGUUCUGGAUCUGAGUGCUGAGCUGGACUGUCUGAUGGCACUGAGCCAUGCCUCCCAGGAGUACGGAUACACUACCCCCACUCUGGCCAACCACCACAGGAUAACACUCAGACAGGCCAGACACCCUCUGUUGGAGUUGUGUUCUCCUAUGUUUGUGUCUAACUCCUUCCUGAGUUCUGAGACUCGUGGACGGGUCAAGAUCAUCACCGGACCCAACUCAUCUGGCAAGAGCAUCUACCUCAAACAGGUGGGUCUGAUUGUGUUCAUGGCUCUGAUUGGUUCUGACGUGCCAGCGAAGGAGGCAGAGAUUGGUCUGGUGGACGGAAUCUUCACACGCAUGCAGAGCAGAGAAUCUGUGUCUGUAGGACUCAGCACCUUCAUGAUAGACCUCAACCAGAUGGCUCAUGCUCUGAACCACAGCAGCGGUCACUCACUGGUCCUGAUUGAUGAGUUUGGGAAAGGAACUAACACGGUGGAUGGGCUUUCCCUUCUGGCGGCAUCUAUCUCUCAUUGGCUGAAAAGAGUUCCAGCCGAGGUUCCUCACAUUCUAUUGGCCACUAACUUCCACAGUCUGCUACAGCUGGGUCUCCUACCUUCCUCAGGCCUGCUGUCACUACUGACUCUGGAGACAGCGGUGGAUGGGGAUGAAUUGGUGUUUCUGUACCAGCUGAAGGAGGGGAUCUGUCGCUCCAGCUAUGCAGCCAACAUCGCUACACUGGCAGGCCUUCCCCCCAGCCUCGUACAGAGAGGAGUGGAGGUAUCUGAACUGUACAGAACAGGAAAGACCAUUAAACGCAUCGACCGACCAUCUACAGAGGAGCAGGCAAACAAGUGUGUUUGUGUGGUGAAGAAGUUUCUGAGUGUGAACCUUGAGGACAAGAGUGUGGAUCUGCAGCGCUAUAUGAAGGAGGAGCUGCUUCCCUCUGGAGGAGACCUGCUCUAACAGCAACACUAUUGUUGUCUGUCUAGCAGCAACACUAUUGUUGUCUGUCUAGCAGCAACACUACUGUUGUCUGUCUAGCAGCAACACUACUGUUGUCUGUCUAGCAGCAACACUACUGUUGUCUGUCUAGCAGCAACACUACUGUUGUCUGUCUAGCAGCAACACUACUGUUGUCUGUCUAGCAGCAACACUACUGUUGUCUGUCUAGCAGCAACACUACUGUUGUCUGUCUAGCAGCAACACUACUGUUGUCUGUCUAGCAGCAACACUACUGUUGUCUGUCUAGCAGCAACACUACUGUUGUCUGUCUAGCAGCAACACUACUGUUGUCUGUCUAGCAGCAACACUACUGUUGUCUGUCUAGCAGCAACACUACUGUAUACCAGUAUGACCUCAGCUUCACUGACUGUAGGAGGAAGUUGCCCCAAGAUGCUGAUGGUUUUAGAGAGGUUAAGAUGAUCCUAGAUCUGUGCCUAUGGGUCUGAGAGAUUGAUGCCUACUACUUUAGGAUUUACCAUAACACUAAAGUCAAUGGGAGAUACUGUAGUAUUCUCUAUGGAAAUAUUUUGGUUUGGAGGAGAACAUAAAAGUAAUUUUGACGUGUUUAAAAUAUCCCAACCAAGAUUGAGGACAAUGUAAAUUCGUAUUAUGUUAUUAAGUUACAAUUCAGAAUGUUCAAUAAACAUGAUUGGAUUUUA